AUGCGUGUGGCGGUCAGUGCUGGCGCGUACGCUCGGUGUGCGGACGAAUUUUCGAAGGGAGCCGACGAAUUCACGCUCACCGACCACCAGUCCAACUGCCUCGCCGCCCGACGGCUCUUGACGUCAGCUACGAAGCGCGCUAGAGGCGCGCCGCCCCGCCGCCGCCACGACCGCCUGCCGCCGCCGCCGGCAGCGGCCGGACCGCACCGGCCGGUGGAUGGGUCCGGCAAGCCGCAACCGCACCGCCACGCCGCCGCAGCCCUGCCGCCGCCACCACCACCCGGGGCGACGUCGUCUUCAGUCUGGGCCAGGCCGCGCUGCUAUGAGGACACACUGCUCGACUCCUCACGGGCCGCUGCCGCCUGCCGCGCGGCGUCGCCGGCGUCGGUCGCGCGUCCGCGUGGUGGCGUCCUUGUCUGCGCCGUCCUGCGCCAUGUAACCCAGCUGCUCGCUGCUGGUGCUGCUGGCGAGCGCGGCCGCGCCGGCCUCCGGUCCACGCCCAGGACGGAGAGUCCAUCGCCACCAGCUUCCUGUCCGGUGGGUACCGAGCGGCGCAGCCUGCAGUCAGCCCCUUUGCGCGAGGUCCUUCCGCUCUCCCCGGGCGGUGGGUGGUGGGUUGCGCCUCUCCGCCGCCGCCACAGCAGCAGCAGCAGCAGCAGCAGCAGCAGCUAUCGCCCUAGGCGCGUUUGUUGA